AUGAGACAACAAGUGAAAAGACAAGAAGAACUUGAUCAAUUAACAACUCACCAAGAGUUUCAGCGAUUAUCUGGUAUUGAAAUUGAACAGACAAGUCAUCUACCGAAUUACGAACAUAUUGUAUAUCGUCCAAUAUCAUUUCUGAUGACUGAAAAAUUAGUUAAUACAAUAUUAUCGAAUAAUUUCGAUAAACUACCAAAAUUUGGUGGUAAAAGUAAUGAUAAUGUGAACAAAUGGCUCACUGAUAUUACAAAUGAAUUAAAUAUGGUUAAACUUAAUGAUCAACAGAAAUUUUCUGUUAUUCAAACAUUUCUAGUGGACGAUGCUCGUCGUUGGUUUAUUAAUAAUAUGUCUAUAAUGAAUGAUUGGUCCACAUUUUCCAUUCAAUUACAAAAAACAUUUUCAUCAAUACUUCAUCAAGAAUUAGCAUUAAAAAAGGUUGGUAGUCGUCAACAAGGUUUGGACGAAACUGUUUUACAUUAUUAUAACGAUAUGAUGGAAUUAUUUGAUAUGAUUGAUUUAAAUAUGAAUGAACAAUACAAAGUGGGAUAUUUAAAAGCAGGUCUGAAAAUAUCAUUAAAGAAAGAAGUAAUACGACGAGAUCCAAAAACUGCAGUACAAUUUUUGGAAUUAGCACAAGCAGAAGAAAAAUUAGAUUUAUCUUUAAAUAUCCAAAUGGAUACUUUACCAUCAUCAAAUGUUGAUUCUCUAUCAGCAAUAAAAUCACCAGUCAAAUUCGAUUCACAACAACAACGAAAAUCGUAUCCAUCAUCAACAAACUUUAGAUUGGGAGCUAAUGAUGGUACAGCUCUCGCUAAUCCACAUUAUCCAUCUUUAAUUUUUAUUCCAACCUGGAUUAAUAACAUGAAACUUUGUGCUAUGAUUGAUACGGGAGCAACAUCAUCUUUAAUUACAAUGUCCACCAUUAUUAAAUUAAAUUAUCAAGAUCGAAUUCAUACACACACAGGUGAAAUUACAUUAGGUGAUUCAAAAACUAAAAUAGCUCAGUAUGGAUGGAUUUGUUUAAAUUUGAAAAUAAAAAGUUUAAACUGUCAAAUAAGAGCUAUAGUUGUUGAUUGUUUAUCAACUAAUUUUAUUUUAGGAAUGGAUUUUUUAAGAAAAUAUAAGAUAGAAAUAAAAACUAGACAGCAAUGUCUUAUUAUUCAUCAUCAACACCAACAAUUAUAUGUUAAAUUUGAGAAAUCGAAUUCCGUUAGAUUAGCUCAACAAUGUACAAUUUUGCCCAGAUGUAAAGUUGUUGUUAAUGCUAUAGUAUCGAAUAUUAUACACUCAAAUAAAAUGUUAUUCAAUGUUAUUAAUGAAAAAACUCAACAGUUUAAAAGAAUUCGUCUUUGCGAUGGACUCGUAAAUGUUAAAAAUAAUACUAUUCAAUUAACAAUUUAUAAUCCAACAACAAGAAUAGUAACAUUACCAGAAUCAAUGUUUCUCGGUACGGUUGAUCAUUUAACUCCAAAUGUAUAUUGUUCAACAUUAUGUUCAAAUUCCACAAUACAACAAAUUGAUUUAACACAUGAAACAGAAAAGAAAUCAAUACAAGUCGCUGAUAUUAUUAAUGCAUUAACUCAACACCUUCAAGGUAAUCCACUAUAUUAUCAACACGUACGGAAUCUUUUACAAAACCAUAACAUUUUAUUUGAUACAUCUAAACCAAGGACAAUUAAAACCAAUGUCCAUCAUGUUAUUAAUACAGAAAAUCAUUCUCCAGUUAAUGCCAAGCCAUACUUCAAGACAAUAGACCAACGAAAAAAUAUUCAACAAGAAAUCGAUAAAAUGCUUAAAGCUGGUAUUAUUAUUCCAUCACAUUCUCCAUGGUCUUCACCUGUAGUGUUGUUGAAAAAACCAAAUGGAGAAUUUAGAUUUAUUAUUGAUUAUAGAAAGCUGAAUUCCAUCACUAAAAAGGAUUCUUAUCCGCAACCUACAGUUGAAGAACUUAUUCAAAGAUUAGGUGGUCAUUCAUGGUUUACCAAGUUGGAUUUGAAAAGUGGUUAUUAUCAAAUUCCGAUUCAUCAGGCGGAUAAGGAGAAGACUGCUUUUAUAACUCAAGAUGGUUUAUAUCAAUUUGAAGUACUUCCAAUGGGGCUUAUGAAUGCCCCACCCACAUUUCAACGAAUUAUGAAUAAUAUUAUUGGAUACAAAAGAUGGGAUUAUAUUUUAGUAUAUCUUGAUGAUAUUCUAGUAUUUUCAAACUCGUUCAAGGAUCAUAUGAAACAUCUUCAAGAGCUAUUUACUGUAUUAAAUCAUCAUCAAUUUACUUUAAAUCCAAGCAAAUGUUCAAUAGCAAAACAAUCCAUUGAAUUUUUAAGCCAUACAAUUACAAAAGAUUCAAUUGUUCCAUCUAAAGAACGUAUUCAAGCUAUACUUGAUAUGUCCCAACCUAAUUCUUUAGCUCAAGCUAAUAAAUUUAUCGGAAAAAUUGGUUGGUACAGAAAAUUUAUUCCUAACUUCGCACAAAUAGCUGCACCCAUACACAAAGUGACAAAUAAGACAAAGAAGAAGGAAAAAGAAUUUUAUUGGCAUGAAGAUCAAAUUCAAGCAGCAAAUCAAUUAAAACAAAUAUUAACUGAAGAACCAUUAGUUUUAAAAUAUCCUCAUUCAACUGCACCUUUUAUUUUAUCUACCGAUGCUUCAGAAUAG